CACACACACACACACAGACCUAGUUUACAGGAACUAUUCAUCGAAACAAGGACUUGACGGACACAUGAAAAGAAGUACACAUGGAUACCAGUGAGGAGGAGUCGGUCCCGCUGGUGAUCAGAGACCGGGGAGGCAGCCAGAGGUCCAGUUCGAGCACUGGUUCCAGUUUACAAGUACACCUCUACUUCUUCCCAGCCACAAAGGAUGCAACAACAAUACAUAUUUCAUCUGGCCAAAUAUCUGCUGAAAAUGUCUGUAUCCAAGCUGGCAAAAAAUGUGGAAUCUUACCAGUGUACCAAAAUCUUUUUGGUUUGGCAUCUGCCGAUCUCUCGUUGUGGUAUCCUCCGUCACACAUGUUCAACACAGACGAAAACUUACAAGUCCACUUUAGAGUCAGGUUUUUCUUUGGAAACUGGUUUGGACAGGGACCAAGAACAUCAUACCGCUACAGUCUGACCAGAGGCAGAAUAAGUCCAGUGCUUGACUACAGUGUCAUUGACUACGUCUUUGCCCAGUUGCGAAGCGACUUUAUCGCCAGUGAGGCAGGAGUGUGUCCACCUUUGAGUGCCCAGGAGGAAUGCCUCGGCCUUGCAGUGCUGGACUUGUGGAGGAUGGCUAAAGAGCGCAAUCAGAGUGUAAGAGAGCUCUGCAAGACUGUCAGCUACAAAUCGUGCCUUCCUAAGUCACAUCGCCACGACAUCCAGAGACGAAACCGCCUCGAUCGUUAUCGAAUACGAAACACCCUCAAGCGUUUCUUAAAGAAGCUUGGCAACUGCUCAGUGGAUGAGUGCAGCUUGAAGCUCAAGUACCUGAUUGAACUGGCAGGUAUUGAGCCUUCUCUGGGAAGUGAAACCUUCCAAGUGAAUCCAUCUUCCUCCCAAUCGAAGUCAGCUUUCUCUCUUGUGCGGGUCACCGGGGAAAAUGGAAUUGAAACCAGCAGGAGUUGUCAACAUGAUGGUGCCCUGGAGUGGCAAACCUUCUGUGACUUCAAAGAAAUCAUCGACAUCAGUAUAAAGAGGGUAUGCCAUGAGCAGGUCCCCCAAGACUGCAGGAUGGUGACAAUAACCCGUAAAGAUGACAGAUGCUUGGUAGCCAACUUCCAGACUCUCAAGGAAGCCGUUUCAUUUGUGUCUCUUGUUGAUGGCUACUUCAGACUGACCACCGACUCGAGCCACUACUUCUGUCAAGACAUUGCUCCUCCAAGUCUUCUGGAGGGGAUCAAAAAUCACUGUCAUGGCCCAAUCACAUCAGAGUUUGCAGUCAGUAAGCUGAAAAAGUCAGGAUUUAAAGGCGGCACGUUCCUUCUCCGGCAGAGUCCCAAGAACUACAACAGCUUCUUCCUCACUGUUUGUGUUCAGACUCCACUUGGACUUGACUAUAAGGACUGUCUCAUCAUUGAGAAUGAGGACUACAGUCUUCCUGGUGUCCAGAAAUCAUUUUCCAGCUUAAAAAAGCUCACCAGCUAUUACCAACACAACAAGCUGCUACUGGCUGAAGUACCUGUCAAGUUGGGCCGCUGCUGUCCACCCCAACCCAAAGAGCUCACAAAUCUGAUCAUUAUACGCAACAGCAGCUCUGUAGAAGCUCAAGGGUCCCCAACACCUGAAAGGAGCAAAUUCAGCCAUAUCCAGUUUCACAUGAUCAAAUAUGAAGACCUGAAAUGGGGUGAAAGCCUUGGACAGGGAUCCUUCACUCGGAUCUUUAAAGGCUACAAAACGGACAUUCGUGAUGGGGAGAAACACGUGACGGAUGUUUUCCUGAAAGAGCUCGAUGCUGUUCACAAAAACUGCUGGGAGUCCUUCUUUGAAGCUGCCAGCUUGAUGAGUCAAAUUUCACAUAAACACCUCCUCCUUGUUUAUGGUGUCAGUGUUCAUGGAGUAAAAAACAUCAUGGUGCAGGAGUUUGUUGAGUACGGGGCCCUCGACCUUUACUUGAAGAGAGGCAGAUCUGUGUCAGUGAGCUGGAAACUUGACGUAGCCAAACAGCUCGCGUCUGCCCUCAACUUUCUGGAAGAAAAGAACAUCGUUCAUGGAAAUAUCUGCGCCAAAAAUCUGCUGCUGGCCAGAGAGGGUGACCCAUCACAGGGCAGCUCUCCCUUCAUCAAGCUGAGUGACCCAGGCAUCAGCGUGGCCAUACUGGGCAUGGAUGUGAUCCUGGACAGGAUCCCCUGGGUGGCCCCUGAGGUGCUUGAGGCCCCAGACAACCUGACUCUGGAGUGUGAUAAGUGGAGCUUUGGUGCCACCGUGUGGGAAAUCUUCAAUGGUGGAAACGCUCCGCUGCGAGGCUGGGAAUUGGACGAGAAGCGGCAGUUUUAUAAGAGCUUCCAGCAGCUGCCUCCCUCCCAGUGGACAGAGCUGGCUGAUCUGAUCAGUCAGUGUAUGGACUACCAGGCAGACUUCAGACCUUCCUGUCGCAGUAUCAUCCGUCAACUCAACAGUCUGAUCACUUCAGACUAUGUGAUACUUCACGCCACUGAGCCUGUCACACAGAGCCCUGUGUGGAAAGCCCUCAGCCCUGCUCAGCAUGACCAGACAUUGUUUGAGGAGAGACACCUACGCUACAUCUCCCCCCUGGGGAAAGGAAACUUUGGCAGUGUUGAACUUUGCCGUUAUGACCCCCUGGGUGAUAACACUGGUGAGCAGGUUGCUGUGAAGAAGCUGCAGCCCAACAAGCAGUCGACCCUGGAGGACUUCAAGAAGGAGGUCAACACCCUCAGUGUUCUUCACUGUGACUACAUCGUUAAAUACAGAGGAGUCUGCUACAGCCCAGGUCGUCUCACUAUGAGUUUGGUGAUGGAGUACCUGCCCCACGGCAGCCUUAUAGGCUACUUGGACAGUCACCGACAUAAUGUCAACACCAGGCGGUUGCUGCUCUUUGCCUCUCAGAUCUGUAAAGGGAUGGAGUACCUGCAGACCCUGCGUUACGUGCACCGAGACCUCGCAGCCAGAAAUAUCCUUGUGGCCAGUGAGUCGCUGGUGAAAAUUGCCGACUUUGGGCUGACCAAGAUCAUUCCUACUGACAAGGAGUACUACAGAGUGACACAGCCUGGAGAGAGCCCCAUUUUCUGGUAUGCCCCAGAGUCCAUCAAUGAGUUCAAAUUCUCCCACAAGUCAGAUGUCUGGAGUUUUGGAGUUGUUCUUCAUGAGCUCUUCUCCUACUGUGACACAAACGCCAACCCAAAAAGGCUAUGCACGCAGGAAGUCGGACACCAUGUGCAGAGUCCGUCCAUUGCAAUGCAUCUGGCAAAUAUUCUAAAGAAUAACUGGAGGUUGCCGGCACCUCCAAACUGCCCACACAAGGUGUACAGUUUGAUGAUGCAGUGCUGGGCGUACAACUUCGAGGAGCGGCCAUGCUUCACUGACCUGGGAAACCAAAUUGAAACUAUAAUGCAGGACGAGAGAGAGUACCCUAAAGGCUGAUUGUAAUGUAUAAAUAUGCAUUCACAAGUGAGCAGAGGGAGGACCAUAAGCUCAGUCACAUGGACUAUAAACACAAGAUCAGCUGGAUGUAUCUUUAGUUCUUCAGUACACGUGGGACAUACAAUAUAAGCACUUAUAUUUCACAGCGAUACAGCUCUAAUAAUAAAAACUCCGCCAUAUCACACUUAAAAGCCUUUACACACCAGGGGCAUUUCUUUCUAACUUAUUUUUAUCAUGAAAACUUUCACAUCAGGAAACAUCAGGACAAUGACAAUGCAAUCGCUGCCUGUAUGAAUAAUUCUGAUGCAAAAUAUUUGUGUUGUUAAUUUCAUCAUGUUUUCUUACAGUCAAAUCAAUAUUAUAUUCAUAAAACUGUACUAUGUUCAUACACAAGGCUCACAGAUUUUCAGAAUCAAGAAUUACUUGUCCAUACCCAUUGGUAGCUUUGUCACCUUCUACCUAUGCCAAUCCUCAAUGCCUAUGUGCAGUUUCACAUAGACUG